GGACCCUGCUUCCUGCCCAAGUUUAAACACAGCCCCGAUUCAGAACCGAAAGAGCGUGGGAAAACUCUCGGGUUUUGCGCUGGAAGAUGACUUCCUUCGCACGGCUACAUGCAUGACCCUUCACCGGGAGGACGCGUGGAGAUCCCGAAGCGUGGCGGAGCCUUCGCUGACUUGCACUGCAGUCGCUAGCACGCUACACACCAGCAGCAGCAGCUAACAAUGCCGCACAGCUUGUGGCCGGAGCCGCUGUCAGCGCAGCAGCUGAAGCGCCUGGAGGAGCACAAAUAUAGCGUCGCCGGUCGCUCCUUAUUCGAACCGCCGUGUCAGAUAUAUUGGAACUGGUUGGUACAGCAAAUCCCGACCUGGGUCGCACCCAACACCCUUACCAUUACUGGACUGGUUAUUAAUAUUGUCACGACAGUCAUCCUAGUCUGGUACUGUCCCUCGGCAACAGAGGAGGCUCCGGGGUGGAUCUUUGCCCUCAGUGGCCUGGGCCUCUUCAUCUACCAGUCUCUGGAUGCCAUUGAUGGGAAACAGGCGCGGAGGACCAACAGCGGCUCAGCACUCGGCGAGCUCUUCGACCACGGCUGCGAUGCUGUCUCCACAGUGUUCAUCGCCGUGGGAACGUGCGCGUCCUGCGGAAUGGGGCCGUACCCUAACUGGCUGUUCUUCUGCGGCUUCGUGGGCAUGUUCAUGUUCUUCCUCGUGCACUGGCAGGCCUAUGUGUCUGGCAUGGUACGCUUUGGGGCGGUGGAUGUGACAGAGGUCCAAAUCGCCAUCAUUAUCAUUUACUUCAUGACUGCUGUUGGAGGUGUGGGCAUGUGGGAGACCAGGCUGCCUGUACUGGGAGUGAAGCUGCACACCUUCCCUAUACUGGGGAUUAUCGGCGGCUUCCUGUUGUCUUGUUUCAACUACUUCCAGGUCAUCCUUAAAGGGGGUGUGGGCAAGAACGGCUCCACUGUGGCUGUGAGUGCAGACACUAGCGUGCUGUCCCCAGGGGUGCACAUUGGCCUGGUCCUCACUCUGGCCUUCAUCAUCUUUAAGAAGUCCUCCAGCCAGCUGUUUGAGCUACACCCCUGUCUCUACAUCCUCACCUUCGGCUUUGUCUUCGCCAAGAUCGCCAUCAAACUGAUCGUGGCUCACAUGACCAAGAGCGAGCUCCAUCUCCAGGACACAGCCUUCAUCGGGCCUGGCCUCCUCUUCCUCAACCAGUACUUCAAUAGCUUCAUAGAUGAGCACUUUGUUCUUUGGAUUGCACUGAUCCUCUCCCUGGUGGACCUGACUCGCUACUGCACGGGUGUGUGUCUGCAGAUCGCCGCCCACUUAAAGAUUCAGGUGUUCAGCAUCACUCCGCAGGUCCACUCCCACCGCGACUGAUUGCCCGCAGAGUUGGAGGAGACUGGGGCAGGGUCCGGUGAAGGUACUACCCAGCUACUGGCUGGAGCUCUGGAGGACACCUCAUACCAGAGCCUUACCAGCCUUGACACUGUAAACGCCUACAAUUAGAUCAGACCAUUCACCACAACUGAGCCAAACUAGUAGAGAGCACACAUUGUGGGGUUUAUUACUGGAUUUAUUACUUGACAGAAACUGCAGAUGAGGGACUGGAUAUAAUGAUGGAAGUGCUUUGUGUUUUGGAGGUUUUAUCCUUUUAAUGCUUACAAGUUAUAUGCAUUGUAGUUGGGCCAAGCUCAGUCUGUAACCGGUUCUGAAUGAACGAGUGAAUCAUACAAAUUAUGAACUAUAAGCACCAUCUACAACAGUCAAAACAGCAUCACUGGUGGCGUCUUGUUUCGUAAGCCCCAGUAGGUCUGAGCCGGGGUUUCCCAGUCCAUGUUCAAAGACACAUAUAUUCCUCUGAAAAAGUGCAUAACUAAGUCUGUGUUUUUGUGAGUAUAUUAAUGAUAUCCAAUCACCAGCUCACUAAAAAGGAGAAAAAUAACUAAAAUAACAAACUGAAUCAAAAUUGAAGAGUUACUCUUACAUGGUGUCAAAUAUUUGUCCAAGCUGUGCCCUUUAACUUAGAAUUUUUUCUUAAAAUAUUUUAUGUUGAUUUCCAUUGCAUAAAAAUGAGUGUGAAUUUGUAGAGAUUGAGAGAUGGACUCAUCUUCUGGUGUUUCACGUGGGCUAGUAUCAUUCAGAUAAGAAACACCCACUGUCACCUCUUUGUUUUUUGAACUUUGGACUCACAAUACUAAGACUGCCUUUAGUAAAGUAUGUCUUUUAUUUAAAAAAAUGGAAAUCAACAUGUUCAUAUACUAUCUGAUCACAGUCAGAAAGAUAACAUCGCCGGAUAUUUGCCUGGAAAUUCCACAGCAGUUCCCACUGUCCAGUGAUCAUAUUUAUUUAUGGAAUUAUUUAUGAAUUUAUCCCAGCUCUUAAUUUACAGGUUUAAAAAAAUUAGCCAGGCCAUGAUUAAAAGGAAAUACAAACAUAAAAUAAAACCCUCAACCUCAGAUUAUUUUUACAAUGAAAGUCCUAAUGUGCAAUGUUUUGUUCUAAAUGUAGAAUGGCAGGAUCUAAAUGGAAUGGUAUGUUCUGUAUAAUUUGUCACGGGCAACAGGUGCAAAGGGGACCAUAUCUCAGUGUUAACCAGAGACCAGUUAUUGUUUCAGACUACUGACAUCCCAAACCAGCUCUCCCAGGUCCAAGUAUGUGAAUGACCAAAGCUCCACCCCUUUUCCCACUGUUAAGCCACGUGCUUGCAAGCAGGCAGACGGGUCCAGUCUCAUUUGAGAGUCCUUACCACUGGUUGAUGAUGCAUUAACACAGAGACUCCCCCUGCUUUGACGAGCCUCCUCUCAGAGGUCUAUAAAACAGGUCUGUGAUUGGACAGAAGUUAGGUGACAGCCUUAAUGUCUUCAACUUUAAUGUGCUUUUAUUUUAUCCAUGAAUGUGGGUGUGUGAAGCAACCGGAGAGCAAAGCGUGCCACCACCUUCUCUUUUGAGUGCCAUUCCAAGACAUUACAAAUAAUGUACAUUUCUAACUCUCAGGAUGUGGUUUUUCACUGCAAGGAAGCUUCAGUCCAUAUAAACACGUUAUGUACAAAGUAUAUGUGAGUACAGCAGUACUUGAUUCUCAAAGCUUUGUGAUAAUUGGUGUGCAGCUGUGAACAGUUCUUCAUGAUCGUGUGAAAGGCCUCAGGCUUUUAGAGGACCACUAUGUGAUUAGUGCCUAAAAGAGGAACAGCUCGAACCUGCUUCCUGAGGAUCUGUUGUCUUCAGACCAUAGCAGGGUGGGAAAAGGGACUUUGUGUAUUAUAAGGAAUGUGGGCUGGCAGGGGGGUUGUUUAUGACUUGUCAAAUCAAGGGCUAGACUUUGGUGUUUUGAUUUUUCUCAAUAAUAGUAAUUUUAUUUGAUGAUCAAUGCUCUGUUGUUCUUUGAAUAAACUGAAAUGAAUAUGAAAGCAAAGCUGUCUUCACAGAAGUGCUUUCAGUGA